CUCCCUUUCGGUUUCUCUUCCAGCCCCGCUAGCGCAGGGGAUAAAGGCUCCGUCCGCCCGGGUUCGCGUCUGCCCCCGUCGUCCCCAUGGCUCACAGCGGGCAGCUGGCGCCCUAUUUCAAGCCAUCUCUCCCAUUCACUGGCCCUAUUCCUUGUGGUCUUCAUGACGGAUUGAUGGUUAUCAUCCAUGGAACUGUUCUUCCUACAUGUGACAGCUUCAAGAUAGACUUUCAGUGUGGAUCCUGCCCAAGUCCUCAUGCUGAUAUUGCUUUGCAUUUUAACCCACGAUUUAAAGAGGGUGGAUGUGUGGUUUGCAAUACUUUUGAAAGACAGAAUUGGGGAAGAGAGGAGAGGAAAUAUGAAAUGCCUUUUUUUAAAGGUCACCCCUUUGAGAUUCAGGUUUUGGUAAAACGUGACUCAUUCCAGGUUGCUGUAAAUGGAAAUCCCUUCAUGGAGUACAAGCACCGGAUUCCACUUUCCAAAGUGAACCAUCUUAGUGUGUCUGGGGAUGUGGAUGUGACAAUGAUCAGCUUCCAAACUACUGCUCCCCCGGGUGCUUGGUGUCCUAGAGCAGCUGGGAUCUCAAAUCCUGCUUUCCCACUUGGACCAUACCAGCCGCAAACUUAUCCUGUGCCAUACCACACUUCGAUUUUUGGAGGUUUUUAUCCAUCAAGAUCUCUCAUACUAACAGGGACCAUUCCUCUUGAUGCUGACCAAUUCCAUGUCAAUCUGAAAUGGGGCGAACACAUUGCCUUCCAUCUAAACCCAAGAUUCUCUGAGAAGACCAUUGUCCGCAGCAGUCAGCUGCACCAGUCCUGGGGGCCAGAGGAACGUGGCUUGCCAAGUGGCAUGCCUCUCCAUCGUGGGCAGAACUUCAUAAUCUGGAUUUUAUGCGAUGCUCACUCCUUUAAGGUGGCUGUGAAUGGACAGCACCAGUUUGAAUACAACCAUCGAGUUCCUAACCUGCAGCAGAUAGACAGGCUUGAAAUAGAGGGUGAUGUUAUGCUGACCUAUGUUCAGGUUUAAAGAUGAAAUCCCACGUACAAUUUAUAUAACAGUCGGCUUCUGUGUACACCCCCUAAAAUUAGCAGUUUACUAGGGAAUUUUCUGCUGAAACUUAAUCAAGAAUCAAAUUCUUUUUUUUUAAACCACUUCAACCUAACUAGCAAUCCUGCUGUUUCUACAAUACCAACUCACGCUUUUUGUGUGAGAUUUUUAUAUGCUAGAACUUUACUUCUGUUCAGAUCAUAUUGUUCAUUUUAUAAGCCUUUUACUAUGAUGAUACCUUAAUUAAUAUGCAAAUUAGAUACAAUUAACUUAGGUUUGAACAGAGAUUGGGAAUGGUUGGGUCAUUAUACUAAUUGAAUCUGUUUCCCCAUGUUAAGUAUCCUCACACCUUCUAUGGGUCAUCUCGAUUAUCAGUUCAAAAGUUUUUUUUCUCCUGCUAAUGAUAGCUCAUCUCAAUUGAUUGGCCUCUUACAGUUGGUAUGGCUACUUCCACCUUUUCAUGUUCUCUGUAUGUAUAAAUAUCUUCUUUGCUGUAUGUUCCAGUCUAUGCAUCCGAUGAAGUGGUCUGUAGCCCACAAAAGCUUAUGCUCAAAUAAAUUUGUUAGUCUCUAAGGAGCCACAAGUCCUCCUGUUCUUUUUGUGGAUACAGACUAACACGGCUGCUACUCUGAAACCUUAAUUUUGUAAGUGAAUGAUCAGGGAUCUGUGCAUUAAAAUUAAUAUUAAAACAUUUGGAGAAAAUGUGUUGCUUUCGUUGGCUUCAGAACUCAUUAAAAAAAACUUUCAAACUUAA